GUAAUGCCUGAGGGUGACGGAAUGAGAUUGGCAAUUGAAGAAUGCUCCACAAAUUUUUGUAAAACAUCAGCCACAAGGAUAAAGAGAUAAAGUGAGAUUGGGUUGGCCUAUCUUAAUCCCCGUCGAAGAUGAAGCAGCUUGCCUGGGCAUCCAUUUACAAGGAUGAAGCAGCAUGUGGAGGACAAGAGCUUAGAAAUCCAAAGUUCGGCCGUGCAGUCGCCACAGUUUUGAGCUCCGUCAUCUUUUUUGCCUUUGCUCUCCGCCUCCACUGGUUCGUCGGCGCUUUCACGGCCGAGGACGCCGAUUUGGUGAAUGCCGUAGCUGGGAAACUGCACAGAGAACAAUGCGAUCUCUUCAAGGGCGAGUGGAUUGCAAACCCUGAAGGACCGGCUUACACGAAUGAAAGUUGCAGAUUCAUCGAAGAAUUUCGAGAUUGUAUGACAAACGGGCGACCGGAUACAGAGUACCUUUACUGGAGAUGGAAACCAUACGAUUGCGAAUCACCUCUGUUUAAUGCAAAGAAGUUCUUAAAUUCGAUGCGAAAUAAAUCGUGGGUGUUCAUCGGCGAUUCGAUCCUGCGCAACCAAUUUUCCUCAUUGCUUUGCCUUCUCUCUAAGGACGCAGAAGUUGUUCGUGAGGAAACAUAUAGAUCUAUUAUUUGUCACUUCCCUUCAUACAACUUCACUCUAACAGCAAUCUCGGCUCCUUAUCUACUCAAAGCUACCGACGAAUACGUCAAUGUCACGGUCCAUCUUGAUGCAAUUGACCCUCUGUGGACGAGCCGAUACGACGAUUACGACUACGUAGUAAUUUCCGGUGGCCAUUGGUUCCUCAAAACAACUAUAUACUGCGAGAAUGAUACAGUUAUCGGUUGCUUUUACUGCUACGGAAUGAACUUACCUGAGUUUCCUUGCGACUUCUUGUACCGAAAAGCCCUGCAAAUGGCUUUUCGCUUCAUCCUCAGCUCCGAUCACAAGCCACUCGUUCUCUUCAGGACUUGGAAUCCGGACCACUUCGAGUUCGGGGGAUGGUUCGACGGCGGGGUCUGCAACCGGACUAAACCUUACAAAGAGGGCGAAUACGGUGGACAUGAUGUGGGCCAUUUAAUGCGAGGGGUCGAAAUCGAGGAGUUCGAGAAGGCGGUGGCCGUCGGGGCGGAGAACGGGACGCGGAUUCGGCUUUUGGACACUUACCAUCUUUCUGUUUUGAGGCCUGACGGGCACCCAGGGUCAUAUCGGCUGCAUCAUCCAGAUUUCAGUAAGAGGCUUAAAAAUGAUUGCUUGCAUUGGUGCUUGCCGGGGCCGGUUGAAGCUUGGAAUGAUAUUGUUAUGGAAAUGUUGGUAAACGAAGGGGAUUUAAAGUAUUCAUCUUGAGUUUGAUUUGAAACAUUUGAUCAAAGAAUUCGUCGGAUUAGACUAUUAAGUACGCAAAUAAGUGUCAAAUUAAGAUGUAUGUAUCAUCUCAAAGUUGUCGUGCCUUCGUUGGAACUUAAAGAGUGCAUUUGGUUCGCAAAUGUAGCGUCUCUGAUUAUUUCAACAUAAUCAGAAAUUUGAUUCUUGUGAAUCAGAUUACUUAUGUUGUAUUACUAUAUAUGAUUCUCUGUCGUAAUAUAAUGUCAGAUUUGGUUCAUCUUAAA